AUGACGUUGAAUCUUGGCCUGCGGCGCAAGCUUGAUUGGGAGUUCGUCGUAGCCGAUGUAUGUAAACCUAUACUGGGAGCUGACUUUCUGCAAUAUUACGGUCUAAUGGUAGAUUUGCAGCGUAAACUCCUCGUUGACAGCAAAACUAAUAUGAAAGUUCAUUGUGCAACAGCGUUACAAAUGCCAGAGCCAGUAUUCGCAGUGAAUGCAGAUCAUCCAUUCCGAAAAUUAUUGGAAGAGUUCAAAGACCUAACAAUUCCAACAUCGUAUAACAAGUCUGGAGCAGUAAGAACCACGGUGCAACAUCACAUCGUUACCACGGGGCAACCAGUCUAUGCACGUCCAAGGCGGCUCAAUCCACAAAGGUUGCAAGCAGCAAAAAGUGAGUUCCAGCACAUGCUUGAUCAAGGGAUAUGCACUCCUUAA